GAGAAGCAAAAAAAAGAAGAAGAUGGGUUCAGAAUUUGAUCCAGACUUCAUUCAGAAACCCGACCAGCGACCCAACCUCGACAUCUCCGAGGCCGAAUCAAUCCCCAUAAUCGACCUCUCUCCACUCCUUACCAGUCCCUUCAUCCCCGGUGACGAUACGCUACCUAUAAGAACCCUUGUUGCCGAAAUCAAAGCAGCCUGCAGUGAAGUUGGCUUCUUGCAAGUCAUCAACCACGGAGUCCCGAUCGAACUCCUUGAAAGAGUUCAGUCGGCAGCGAAGGAGUUCUUCGCUCUGCCGACAGAGGAGAAGAGGAGAGUGAGGAGGGACGACGAGAAUUUUCUAGGGUAUUAUGAUAUGGAGAAUACAAAGAAUGUUAGGGACUGGAAGGAAGUGUUUGAUUUUGCAGUGAAUAACCCGAUGAUUGUUCCGACGUCGAGUGAGGUUAAGGAGACGAGGGUGCAGGAGAUUUCGAAUCGGUGGCCGGAGUAUCCAAAGGAUAUGAGAGAUGCCUGCAUAGAAUACGCAAAAGCCGUCGAAAAACUCGCAUUCAAACUGCUGGAACUCAUGGCCAUGAGCUUAGACUUACCAGCCAAGCGACUGAACGGCUACUUCAAGGACUCCCUAAGCAGAGUCCGCUUAAACCGCUACCCUGCGUGCCCCUCCCCUGACCUUGCACUCGGCGUGGGCCCACACAAGGACCAAGGAGCCCUCACCGUCCUGGCACAGGACGAGGUCGGUGGCCUCGAUGUCAAGAGGAAGUCCGAUGGCCAGUGGGUCCGUGUCAAGCCUGCUCCAAACUCCUACGUCAUCAACAUCGGCGAUCUCAUCCAGGUGUGGAGCAAUGACAAGUACGAGAGCACGGAGCACAGGGUGUCGUUGAACUCGGAGAGGGAGAGAUUUUCCUUCCCAUUCUUCUUCGAUCCUGCACAUCAUAUAAUUAUGAAGCCUUUAGAUGAACUUGUGACUGAAGAUAAUCCGGCUAAAUACAAUGAAUUCAGUUGGGGACGUUUCUACAGGUCUCGGAGGAGCAGCAAUUUUCAGAAGAUGGGAGUAGAAAACUUGCAGAUAUCUCAUUUUCGGAAGAACAAUUGAAGUCCGGCCUGCAGGUAUAUCCUUUUCGGAAGAUCAAUUGAAGUCAUGUAACCGGUUUGUUCGCAACUUGUAGCUGCUUGUGUGCGCUUGUAUUCUAAAUAAAGAUGUCGAAGGGGAACAAUUAUUAUUACUAUUAUUAUUAUUAUU